GUACUGACUGUUUGGACUUUUGGCCAUCUGUGUUUGCUUUCUUGAUUUAGAUUUACAAUCAUCUAUCAGCUUUCUCAUCUGGGUUUUCUUAGAACCUGAAUUUCUCAUCUUUUAAGCACUGUUGGAUUCAAGAAUUUAAAGCUUCUUCAUGGGAUUUUUUGACUUUUUCUUGGUACAAACUGGCAUUGCCCAUCUUUCUUUGCUCCCAUAACUGUUUUAAUCAGUGUGGAUUGUGAUUAGAAUGAUUUGAUUUCUGGGGUUUCAAGAUUGAAUCUCAAAUGGAUUUGUCACCAUAUAAGCAUUUGAGAUUCUUGGGGUUAAAUGUAAAUUCUGCCGCGUUCAAGUGUUUAGUUUUAUUGGUUGCUGCAUUUGUGUUUACUACUGUUAUGCUUCCUUCCUUUUCUGGAUUUGGUGGGAUUGCACCGCACAAAUCUGCGAUUGUUCAUGGUUUAUUGAUGGGCUCAGAUUCCGGGAUUAAGAAAAGGCGGUUCAUAGAGGUUCCUCAGAUUGUUUGGGGGUUAAAUAAUCAGAAAAUUGCUUUUGCGAGAGCUUGCUUAACUGCUAGGAUGAUGAAUAGAACUUUGUUGAUGCCUAGUUUAAGUGCUUCUUUAUUUUACAAAGAAGUUGAUCUCUUGAAACCUAUAUCAUUCGAUAAGGUUUUCAAAUUCGAAAAAUUUAAUUCGCUUUGUGAUGGUUUUGUUCAAUUGGGUCGAUAUUCAGAACUAUCAAAUCGCAGUGAUGUUGCUGUACUUGAAAAGGGGACUGGAAGAAAGUGGACUAAUGAAAGAGAUUUGGAUCAGUUGAGGCAAUUUAGCAACGAUUCCUAUGAUGCUUAUGAAACGAUUAAAGUAGUGGGGAAAAACCCAUUUUUGUGGCAUGACCACUGGCCAGUAAGUGACUAUGCAAGAGUUUUUGAGUGCUUGGUUCUUGUUGAUGAAAUAUCAAAUGAAGCUGAUAGGGUUGUCUCCAGGAUUAGAGAAAUUGGAAGAAGAUUUAGCAGCGAAGUCGAAUCUUUACAAAAUGGAGGUAGUACAGAGAGCUCGGUGGAGCCAGUUUCCUAUAUAGCUGUGCACAUGAGAAUAGAGAAAGACUGGAUGAUUCACUGUAAGAAACAAGAGCAGAGAUUACAUUUAAGUGAAAUAUGUAGCAGUAAACAGGAAAUUAUGGAGAAAGUUGACAGAAUUGUGGGGAUCAAAAGGCCAAUCGUAGUUUACCUUGCCGUAGCUGAUAGUCUUCUUGAAGACACCUCUAUUUUGGAAGGCUGGAAGGAAGGAUUACUCCCUUUUGAAAAAAAGAAACUGGGCGUUGAAGAGAUCUACAAGAAGCAUUCAUAUCUCAUUCAGUCAGCAAUCGACUAUGAAGUAUGCUUACGGGCCAAUGUGUUUGUGGGAAAUAGUUUCUCCACAUUUUCAAGUCUGGUCGUCCUGGAGAGAACUCAAAAAAUGAUCAGAAUUGGCACUUCAACCCCAUGCAGCAGCAAUGCAAGGUGGCCUUCUUAUGCCUACAAUAUACGCACGGAUUCUAGGAGCAAGGGUCCCCAGCGAUGGAUGACAAAUAUGUCAGAUACAAGCCUUCUGGCAAUUAGUUAUGGUUCUAAUCAUACCUCUUGCUAAUUUUUUCGCUUUUGAUGCACCAGCAUCGCUUAGUUGGGGAUACACAUGGAUUGCUGCCUUGUGGUGGUUCUGUCGAUAACUCUGGUAUACUCAGUUUUUUUUCUUUUUUACACAAGAAAUUGUAGAUGGUGGGAGUAGAAUCUAUACAUAUUACAUACACUAAGCUUACUCUAGUUAGAAUUUGAAAUCUUGAUUGUUCAACUCUAUUGGUUUUCUUUGUCA